CUGAAAGUAACCCCCCACCUUCCUUGCCUAGGAAUCUCUUCUUCUGGAUACGACACAGCCAGCAGCUCACCAACACCCAUGAUGUCUGACAUUGCCUUGCAUGCCCUCACAACUGUCUUUACCUGGUGUUCGACCCUCUGGGUGAACUACGGGGAUUUCGGCGCCGGCAACGCGAUUUGGAGUCAACCGGAGGAUUUUAGCAUUACCAACUUCGCCUGUUACCAACCGGUAGAGUGGGAUUCACGCAUUUUUGAGAUCUAUGAAUACAGUCCCGAGUUAGUUGAUAAAACCCCAUUUUCUUACAGCCGCUUCGCCGUAGAUCCAGUACAGCUCCCCGAUGAAUUCAGAGGCGGCUUUGCAACCCCAUUCACAGCGACGGCCUACGCUGCUAAUGGCCUUGUGACGAGUGUCUAUGCGAAAGGGAGUCUAUGUCGCGACGGCUCCGGUAACCACAUCACCUUCAUAUCGCACUUCGAACCCAACAAGAAAUAUUACACCGAAUUCCACAUCUUGGGGUGCCUCGCCAAAUCACCUCAUCAUCCACAGGCUCUCCGCUACUCAAUAAGACUGGAACAUCUAGUUUGA